AUGACCAAGACACUCAACGAGGGAUGCGAGGGAAGGGGGACUGUUGAUCAACAACAACGACUCGAAGCGCUACAAGCCGAGAGGAGGCCACAGAGGGGACUGCGACGAACCAGUCGCAAAAGGAUUGAAGGGAGACGGGGCACCCAGUCCCAAGAUAUUCGCAAUUUCGUCCACAGCUGCCUCCGACGACCAAAUGGGGCAUAUCUCUGCAACGACGGCGCGGAAUUUCAUGAAUGCGGUGUCAACGGGGAGGCAAGCAGUCGAUUUGAAGGGUUCCCAGAGGGGAGUGUGCAGCCGAAAAAGCGAGAGGCGCGACGGCGUAACGAGCGAGAUAUGCAAGAAGGGGUUCGACGGUGUGCCCUCGCUCAAAUCACGAAACCUCUCCAGGGCCACUGGGCGCGUCGAAACGUUCUGGACACCAUUGGAACGCACUCGACGAGUAGUACGUUCACGUCGAAAAGCGGGAGGCGCGAUGGCGAAACAAAGGAGCUACACGAGAAAGUGUUCAAGGGGAGGGGGAAAGGAAGACCCUUGCACGACAACGGUUCGGGCGAUCGAUACGAAACCUCGGGUGCUUACAGACGGCCUGUAGAAGAGCCGGGGACAAAAGGAAUCAUACCAAUCCGACCUCCCAAUGCCGAGUUAUUUGCAAAGAGUCGACGGGAAGGGUUCCUCGAGGAGAGUGUGCGACCCAAAAAGCGAGACACGCGACGGCGAAACGAGCGAGGCGCGCGAGGGUCUUCGAGAGUAUCGUUGGAGAGCUCUCGUCAUGUAGUACAACUGCGCGAAAAAGCGAGGGGCGCGAUGGUGAAACGAGCGAGAUACGCAAGGAAGUCUUUGAAGAUGGGGAGAGGGGGUCAACACGAAACUCCAGGAGGCGGUAACUGCCCUCCAAACGCGACAAUGGCAACAUCUCAACAACGGCUGUAUGGAACAAGACGAGAAAGGCCUCCCCAGAGAGGUCUCAGCGAGUGGAACAAACGGUUCGAAAAGCGAUAG